AUGAUGGAACUGCUGACCAACUUUCAUUUUCUGCGGCCCUAUUUUCUUUUGCUGUUGCCGAUUGUUGGGGGCGUUUGGUGGCUUUGGAUCACACGCACCGGACCACUUCAAGGGUGGGCCAGCCAGAUCGAUCCCGACCUGCUUGCCGCUUUAACGCUUCGUCGAGGCAACGCAGAGGGAGUGUUUAAAUGGAGUUCGUUGGCGGUUGUGUUGCUUAUGGUCUUCGCCAUCGCGGGACCGACCUUCCGUAUGGAGCCGAGCCCCUUUGCGGAAGAUGCUCCGCCGCUGAUGAUUUUGUUGAACGCCGACAAAGCGAUGGAACCGGACGACCAAGAAACGUCGCCGCUGAAUCAAGCGAAGUUGAAGAUUGCCGACCUGGCCGAAGCGAGAAAGGGGCAGCCAUUGGGCUUGGUCGUCUACGCCGGAUCGGCCCACUUGGUAUUGCCCCCCACGGAAGAUACGUCGGUCGUCGCUCAGAUGGCAGCGGAAGUGAGCCCGGAGAUCAUGCCGCGGCCUGGCAAUCGACUUGACUUAGCCAUUCAGCAAACCAGAGAAGCCCUCGGCGAUGAUCUCAACGCAUCGUUGUUGGUUAUAACCAAUUCCGUUUCUGACGAUCCAUCGCAGAUCGAAUCGGCGAAAGAGCAGUUAUCAGGAAUGCCGGUUCAGUUCCUCGCAGCAACGCAGGAAGAUUCUAGCGAUUGGAAUUCCAUUCAAAAGGUGGCCCGGGCACUACGAGCACCCUGCCGUGCGUUGGCAGUAGAUGAUGCCGAUAUCGAAGCGAUCGUUCGUUAUUCAGAGUCGUCGUCAAUUGCAUCGGUAACCGGCAGCGAUCGGCAAUGGAGGCCGUUCAUGAGACCUAUCACCCUUUUGCUGGCGAUGACGUGGGCCAGCUUGUGGUACACGCCCGACCAACUUGGGCAAUACUACUUCGACCGAGGCGAAUUUGCGGAAGCCGCGAAGUCGUUUGAAGACUCGAUGUGGAAAGGGGCGGCUCUGUAUCGCGAUGGCGAAUUCGAACAAGCAGCUCAAGAGUUUUCACACAGUUCGUCCGAUAUCGCGAAGUUCAACGCCGGCAACGCGUGGCUUUUCCGCGGCAAGUACGACUUGGCGAUUGCCAGCUAUGAGAAAGCCUUAGAGCUUCGGCCAGAUUGGAAGGAAGCCCAAGAGAACAUGGCCAUUGCUAAAGUACGUGCCGAUAAAAUCAAACGAGAAGGGGGCGAUCUUGGCGAUCAACAGGAAGGCGCGGACAAAAUUGUCUUCGACAAAAAGAAAGAAGGAGGCCAAGAUACCGACGUCAGCGGCGACAAAGCGACCUCCGAUUCGGCUGUACAAGCGAUUUGGUUACGUCAGGUUCAAACCAAUCCGGCCGACUUUUUGAAAGCCAAGUUCUCGUACCAAUCUGCCCAACAACCGGAGAGUCUAUUGUCGAUAUGGCUUUCGGCGGCGUAUGUUUCCGCGGAAGACUUGCAGCCGGUGGAAGCCAAUAUUGCCGUCGAGAAAGCUUGGGUUGGACAACGUAUCCCUUUUCGUGUGGUGCUACGUGCGAAAGGGUCGUUCGAAGGCGCCCCCAGCUUUUCGAUGCCGCAAAUUCCUCAAACGGUGAUUGUGAAGAUUGGGAGCCCAACCGUUUCCUCCAAACAGCAUGACGACGAAACUUGGUUUGCUCAGUCGCAUACGUUCGCCAUCUUCUCGCAGGCCGCCGGAACGCUGACCAUUCCCGCGUUUCCUGUGCGAUUCAGUCACCAUGAAGGCUUCACUGGUCCCGUUCAAGACGAAGAACAUCAGGUUCCCGAAGUCACUGUUGUCGUAGAAGACCCGCCCGGCCGACCGAGUGAUCAAUUCAUUGUAUCGACCAAUCAACUUGAGAUUGCGGAAACCUGGAAGCCCCAGCCAGGAAAGUUCAAGCAAGGGGAUAUUGUCGCGCGAACGAUUACUCAGACUGCGAAAAACAUGACAGGGAUGGCCUUGGCUCCGCCUAUGGAAAAUGCCCCCAGCAGUGUGAGUCUCUACCCGAGCUCGCCAAGCGUUCACGAUAAAACGGACCGUGGCGAUUUAGUCGGGCAGAGGAUUGAUACGUUGAAGUAUCGCUUCGACCAGCCCGGCACGGUGAUCAUACCUGAGUCGACUUACACCUGGUGGGACCCUGAUAAAAAGCAGUUCGGUAAGAAGACAUUGCCAGCAGCAACUUUCGAGGUGGAAGCUGUCCAGCAAACGACCACGGCCGGAUCGCCAGCAAGCGAGAAUGGAUGGCGAUGGAUGGCUCUCUUGCUACUGCUUCUCGGCACAGUGGGCAUUUUGUUCUGGCAACGUGAAUGGUUGUUCGAUCGCUAUCGAAAACUGCACGCCGUGAUCUAUCCGCCGCACAAAGUCGCCGCGAAGAAGCUGCUGCGUGCUUGUCAACGAAACGAUCUCGUCGAGGCGGAGCAUGCCUGGGCCGAGUGGCAGAACCUUCAGGAAGCCAGUUUUACCCCUUCGUCUGAUCUUGCCGCGACGGUUCACGGACUUCACGCCGCGCGUUACGGCAACGGUUCAUCCAGCGAUUGGAGUGGCGAAGCAUUGAGCCGUGCGUUUCGUUUGCAGUUGACCGAGGGCAAACAAAAACGGCGGCAACACGAGAACGCGCUGCCGCCGAUGAAUGUUUGA